AUGGGUCCACAGAAUCCGGUGGUGCCAGACAGCGACCACCACCUCUAUCUCCUUCGGCGCCGCGGCACCUCCUCACGUGCCGCGCGGACAGACAGGGUUCAAGCCAAGCCAAAGCCACCCCCCCGCGCCCACGCGACGCCGCGGUCACCAAUGUCGGCGGCGGCGGGUGCGGGCGGCAGCGCGAUGCGGCGGCGCCGGGCCGUACUUCCGGCGGCGGCUGCAGCGCUGCUGCUGGCGCUGGCAGUGUCGGCGCUCGCGGUGCCGACGGCGGCGGCGGCGAGCUCCGGGUUCAGGUGCCGCCCGGGCUCCCGGCCGGUGCUGUUCAACUUCGGCGACUCCAACUCGGACACCGGCGGCAUGGCGGCGGCCCGGGGGUGGCACCUCACGCGCCCGGAGGGGCGCGCCUUCUUUCCCCGCCCCACCGGCCGCUUCUGCGACGGUCGCCUCACCAUCGACUUCCUCUGUGAAAGCUUGAACAUCAGCUAUUUGAGCCCAUUUUUGAAGGCGUUGGGUUCCAAUUAUAGCAGGGGUGCAAAUUUCGCCAGUGCUGGUGCAGCAACACAACCACGAGAUGUUCCAUUUGCAUUGCAUAUACAAGUCCAGGAAUUCUUAUACUUCAGAGAUAGAUCCUUGGAACUCAUCGAUCAAGGUCUUAGUGGUCCAAUUGAUGCACAAGGAUUCCAGAAUGCUCUAUAUAUGAUAGACAUAGGGCAGAAUGAUGUAAAUGCUCUUCUGUCCAACCUGCCCUAUGAUCAAGUUAUUGCCAAAUUCCCCCCUAUUCUUGCUGAGAUUAAGGAUGCUGUGCAGACUCUGUAUAGCAACGGGAGCCGAAACUUUUGGAUACACGGGACUGGUGCUCUCGGUUGCCUGCCUCAGAAGCUUGCCAUACCGAGGAAAAAUGACAGUGAUCUUGAUCAGUAUGGCUGUCUUAAGACCUACAACAGAGCUGCAGUUGCAUUCAACACAGCGCUGAGCAACCUCUGCGAUCAGCUUAGCGUGGAGAUGAAAGACGCGACGAUAGUGCACACCGAUCUAUUCCCCAUCAAGUAUGAUCUUGUUGCCAACCACACUAAAUAUGGCUUCGACAAGCCGCUGAUGACAUGCUGCGGGUACGGAGGGCCUCCCUACAACUACGAUUUCAACAAGGGCUGCCAGUCUAAGGAUGUGACAGCCUGCGAUGAUGGCUCUAAGUUCGUUAGCUGGGAUGGGGUGCACCUCACGGAGGCCGCCAAUGCCGUCGUGGCCAAAGCGAUACUGAGCUCUCAGUACUCCAAACCCAGCCUCAAGUUUGAUCAGUUCUGCAGGGUCUGAUAAUUGUUCAUACCUGAUAGUGUGUACCUUUUAGUUUAGGAAAAAGUGGGGAGAUGGUUGAAAGAAAUUGAUUACCUGGUUUAUUUAUAGGGGAGAGUGAAAUCAGUGCAGAUAUUAAUUUGUUGUCCCACCACAAAAUGCCACCUGAAAUGAGUUGCCUGUUUGAUGAAUCUGAAGGUGAACUGUCAGCUAGAAGGCCUGUCUUGUUUGAUUGAGAAAUUGCAGGAGAGGUUGAAAUGUUGUUGGGCCGAAAGUCCCUUUGAAACUUUGAAAAACAUUUAUACGAUUUUGAAUUCAUUCAUAGGCCA